AUGGCCCCUACGCGGGCUCAUGAGAGUCUCCGACCACCCCUCAUACAUCAAUUCAAGUUCGACGACUUCAACAUCUACCGACUCAUGGCCGAAAAUGCUAUGCAUGAUGGGGACUACAGAGCGCAGUUGGAACGGUCAGCUUAUGGUCACGAUAAGCCCAUAGAGCUCUCUAAGCUAAACGGGGAGAUUGAGAAUGGCAUGGCAGCGCUCGGCCAAAAGCAUAUCAAUGAUGAGGAAGAAGCUUGGAUACAGUUCUGCCGCCAGGUAUUCAAAGCUGGCGAACGCCGCGGUACCGCAGUGUCCCGCCAGACAAGUGCCAUGAACGGACAACCCAGUAUGGCAGGGCUCCCCGAGACAAAUGGGAGAGACUGGGGAAAUAUGCUUUGGGCAAGGGAUCGCGAGUGGAUGUUUACUGGCACCGCUUCGUCCAGUGCACGCCGAGCUCUGACAAUGCUUGCUGCAAAUCAACGUACUGAGGCAGACUCACGCCCAUUCCAGCUCAUGAAGUUACCCACUGAGCUUCGUGAGCAAGUAUACCGAGAGCUCCUCAUUGGCGAAGGACGGAGAAUCGUGGUGUCUGCAGACAGUGUGUCAUCGAUGUGGUCACGGUCAUGUAAGAUGGAGGGGCCAUAUGUCUAUGGGAAGGAAAUCACAACCGCCCUGCUACGUACGAAUCGACGUAUCCACGACGAAGCUCUUCCAGUACUCUAUCAAUCACACGCCUUCGAUUUUGGUAUCGACGUACAUUACGUUGCACCAUUCUUCGAUCAAAUCUCCACCGCCGCUCGUCGAAAUGUUGGUUGCAUACACAUGGAGCUCAUUCGUUAUGGGAUCGGUCGCCCACUGCGCUCCGUGCCGGAACGAGACGUUAAUGACAAUUGCCUGGAUUGGAGUGAUGCCUGCGCGUACAUCGCUGGCCACCUACGGGUUAAGGAAUUCAGCUUCAAUAUCAAUUUCACGAUCCCUCAGGACUUUCAGCGCUUUCGUUGGGUCAAAGAUCUUAUUCAAGUACGCGGUGUAAGCGCAGUCUUCCAUCACAAUAGCGCGAAUAAGCAUGGUUUGAAGUCAGAGAACGCUUGGAUCCAGCUAGCAAAUCAGAUGUCUCGAGAGGAUUGGGGAGCAGACGAGUAUCGUUGGGAGACUUUGCUUGAGUAUCUAAAUUCAGAGAUGCUGCAUAAGGUAAGCAUUAGUUCGCUGGGGUGCGGGCCAAAGGCGGAAAGCUACGGUAAGGUACAGGACUGCUAG